UGAACGAGGGGACGCAACGGAGGCAGGCCGGAGCUGCUGCCGUCGCCAUGACCCGCGGUAACCAGCGCGAGCUCGCCCGCCAGAAGAAUAUGAAAAAGCAGAGCGACACGGUUAAGGGAAAGCGCCGAGAUGACGGGCUUUCUGCUGCCGCCCGCAAGCAGAGGGACUCGGAGAUCAUGCAGCAGAAGCAGAAAAAGGCAAACGAGAAGAAGGAGGAACCCAAGUAGCUUUGUGGCUUCGUGUCCAACCCUCUUGCCCUUCGCCUGUGUGCCUGGAGCCAGUCCCACCACGCUCGCGUUUUCUCCUGUAGUGCU